GUUCUGGCCCAGGAACUCGACGACCUGAAGCGCCGUCGCGUGCAGAUGCGGGCAGACAAUCGUGCCUUGGCGCAGCAGGAGAAGAACCUCAAGAAGCGUCGGGCGGCGCGUCAGCUCAGUGACGAUGACUUUCUCGUCUUGUUGCGUCAGCCGCCAGGUGUCCCUCACGUGGUCGUUGCUGCUCCUUUGGAGCACGUGGAAGGCGCGAGAAAGGCGGGGACGCGUUGGUGCCCGGGCCCCGCCGUGGCCGCUCCUGUGGAUCGUCCUGAAG